AUGUCGUGGACACACAGACAGAGCCCUCACGAAGCGUUCGCCCAGGAGGCGAUCAACUCACCCACUCCAGUCACAUUUGGGCAAUGGAUACUUCACAUUUGGGAGAUAACUAACAAUUUUCCUGAAGGGCGUUGGUAUGUGCAGCCAAACGCGCGGUGCCUCCGGGAGAAGGCCAGUUUGAGAAUUGUGUUUGCGCCUCUGGACCUUCCUCGCCAAGACGCUCUCCCACAAACUCUCGAGCUAUUCAAUAUCUUCCAUAUCCCCAGCGAAUUUUCUAAAGAACGUCUUCAGUCUGUCAGUCACAGCUUCGGGCGGAGCACAGACCGCUAUGGAUCUAGUUCUUGGUUCCACUUUCUGUGUAAGAACAUCGACGUGAAGCAAGAAGGGACCAAUGCACCUGAGAUCGACAACCGCGCUGCGACAAUGGGUUAUCACAUCUCUACGCUUCCACAGGCUGACUACAGCUGGCUUCGCGCUGGCUUCUUCCUGCGAGCCGAGAACGACGAUAGUACCACGCUGGUCUGCUUCGGCGCAACGCCGAGGGUAAGGCACAGAAUCAACGAGUUCGUAGCUGCCAAGGCGUGGCAGCCUAUUGCGACUAAUCCUUACAUCUUAUUCGACCUAGUUUUUGAAGCACUGUAUUUUGAGGUCGACGACACUGUCUGGAAGAUGAACAGCGUGUUUGGACCACUGGAGCACUUAAUACUCGAGUAUGCCAACUCCAAGAAUAUCCGCAAGAUGAGCUCCAAGAUUCCCUUCGCCGCUAUGCACAACUGCGCCAAACACAUCAUCCACAUCACUGAGGCCAUCGAAUCAUGCAUCAUGCUUGUUGAAGCGACCGCACACAACGUUAGAAGCCAUGAACACCGAGGACAACCCAUGGCCUUUACGCCUUAA